AUGACUGCCCCCAUCGCUCUGCGACUGUGCUACGGCCCGGGCUGUGGAAAGCCCGAGAGCGAAGAACUAAAGUUGAAGAAGUGCGCACGGUGUGCGGUGGUGGUCUACUGCAGUAAAGAGUGCCAAAAGAAAGACUGGGCAGCUCACAAGCCUGUGUGUCAGACAACCGAUGAGGCACAAAGCCCGAUAUAUGUCGCGCAGAAACGCUACGCAAAUGCGUUUGGCUUCCACACCGCGGACGAGUUCGUGGCAGCGUUGAGGGACUUCGUGGCUGCACACACAUGGGCGUUUCAGUGCUAUGCGAAGGCGCUCCUUGCUGUCACGGGCGGUCCAGACUAUAUGAACACGCCGCCGAAGCAACUAUGGGUUUAUUUGAAAUGCGUUUGCACCCGCGGAUCCUCCCGCAACCCCGCACAAACCUUCGAGCACCAUGGACACCAUUGGCAGACAAUCGAGGAGUACUUGCGCACGCCUACCGGCAAGCUCAACUGGCAGAAAUCCGCAACGAUCCGGGCGGAGGCUCAGCGCCGGAACAGCGGCGCCCCGCGAUACGCAGGCGAACUCCCCGUGCUCUUUUCCGUAGAAGACAUCAACUUGUGGCAUGGCGCCCUCUACACGCAGUACUACCCGGACCCACGCGCCGCGGUCCUCCAAGGCCAAGGCCCCGACGGGCUCUCAGCCGAGAUGCGCAGGGCGAUCUUCAAGGACGUGCUCACGCUCUGUUCAAGCAGUAUCCACCUUGGUUUAGCGCUGCGGUGCGCCGAGGGACAACCGUCGGUUGCUGCGCUGCCAGGGCGCUUCGUCCGCACCGAGCUGAAAAGGUGGAAAUGGGAACCGCUCUUCACGGACUGGGACCAGUAUCUCGCAGGCCCUCGAGGGAUUCAGGAGGUGGACUACUGGCUCGGCAACGAGAACGACUCUGGACUGCCGAUCCCGCUGCUUCUACAGUAUGUUCGCGUAUUGUUGUAG